CAGGGCCCAGGUCUGGCAGUACUGUUCUGGCAGAUCUAGGCUUUUCUGUAACUCCUGUUCAGUAGGGGACAGGAGAACCAGUUCAUCUGCAUAUAACAGUUGUAUUUAUCGAAGACACAACAGGAAGCACCAUAUUUAGAAGACUAUUCCAAGGAUCUUAAAUUGAAGAACCAUGUUAACUCUAACCUUCGUGUUGGCCUUGGUGUCUAUGGCAGCAUCUAAGGACAAAUUGAACAUGUGUAUGGAUGCCAAGCAUCACAAGACAACUCCUGGUCCGGAGGGAAAGCUUUAUCAGCAGUGCUCUCCUUGGAAAGAUAAUGCCUGUUGCACGGCCAACACCACUGAGGAGGCCCACCAGGACAACUCCUACCUGUACAACUUCAACUGGAACCACUGCGGGGUGAUGAAAAACUCCUGCAAGCAGCACUUCAUCCAGGACACCUGCUUCUACGAGUGCUCCCCACACUUGGGGCCCUGGAUUCAGCCGGUGGACAUGUCGUGGAGAAAGGAACGGAUUCUGGACGUGCCUCUUUGCUUGGAGGACUGUGACAUGUGGUGGAAUGACUGCAAGAAUGAAUUGACCUGCAAGGAGGACUGGCAUAAGGGCUGGGACUGGUCCUCAGGUCGGAACGAAUGCCCCAAAGAGGCGCGGUGCCGGAUAUUCAGUGAGGUUUUCCCCACCCCCCAGAGCCUGUGUGAGAAGAUCUGGUCCAACUCGUACAAGUACACCACCUUCACAAAAAACAGCAGCAAGUGCAUGCAGCUGUGGUUCCCCGAGGGCCCCAACCCCAACAAAAAGGUGGCUGAGUACUACCUGAACAAGGCUCCCUCACCUGGCAUGCCAGCAUCCCUCUUCUUCCUUUCAGCCAUACUCUCAGUGCUACUGUUCUAAAUAAAGACCACAAAGUGACA